AUGUCACCUUUUUUUCAAGAUAUUUUGGAUGGUGUAGCUGGCUAUGGGCCUGGUUAUAUAGGUCCUUCUUAUGACUCUUUAAGGGUUAACUUAUUAGCCGAUCUCAAAAGGGAGUGUCAAAUGGUUGUUGAUAGCUAUAGGUCUGCUUGGAAAGAAACUGGAUAUACUCUCAUGGCUGAUGGUUGGACAAAUCAAAGGCAAAGAACGUUGAUUAAUUUUUUGGUUUAUUGUUCGAAAGGGUUGUGCUUUGUGAAAUCUGUUGAUGCCUCAAGUAUGGUUAAAAAUGCUUCUAGCUUGUGUGACUUGUUUUCAGAGGUGAUUGAAUGGAUUGGAUUUGAUAAUGUUGUUCAUGUAGUAACCGAUAAUGCUGCGAAUUAUGUUGCUGCUGGUAGGCUUAUUAGUAAGAAAUUUGAAAAUAUUCACUGGUCACCUUGUGCUGCUCAUUGCUUGAAUCUUAUUCUAAAAGAUAUAAGCAGCAUGCCACAUAUUUCUAGCCUUGCAACACAUGCUUCGAAGAUUACUGUGUUUGUAUAUAAUCAUACGGUGUUCUUGUCCUGGCUAAGACAAAAAGAUAAUUGGAAGGAGAUUGUUCGUCCAGGUCCAACUCGUUUUGCCACUGUCUUCCUCACAUUGAUGAGUAUCUUUGAGCGCAAAUCGAAAUUACAACAAUUGGUUGUUGAUACACAUUUUACCGGACACAAAUUAGGAAGGAGUGCUAAUGGUAGAGCUGUGAGUGCAAUUAUCCUAGACAAUAAAUUUUGGGAUGAUUGUUUUACUGUAUGCCAAAUUGUGAGUCCGUUGAUUAAAUUGCUGAGGUUUGUAGCUGCCGAUGAUAAACCAUCAUUGGGAAUUGUUUAUGAAGGUAUGCUGAGGUCAGAAAAUGGAAUCAAAGAAAUGUUCAAGCAUAGGAAGAGUGCAUAUCAACCUUACACAGAGAUUAUCAACUCAAGAUGGGACAAACAUUUGAAAAAAAAUCUUCACGCAGCAGCCUAUUUCUUGAAUCCUGAGUGCUUUUUUUCUAAAAAUUAUAGAGAAUCACCUGAUGUCAUGCGAGCUUUACUUGAUCUUGUUACAUUGCAUUGCAAGGUUAAUAAUUUAGAUUCAGUUGAGGCAAUGAAAGAAAUACACUUAUAUAGAGAUCGAAAGGAAAGCUUUGAUAGGCCUGAAGCUGUUCCAGCUGCAAAAAAACUUCAACCUGAUGAAUGGUGGAGGUUGUUUGGUAGUUCUGCUCCAUGUUUACAAAAAAUUGCAGUUCGCAUUCUUAGCCAAGCAUCUGCUUCUUCAGGGUGUGAAAGGAAUUGGAGUCUUUUUGAUCAAAUUCAUACAACAAGAAGGAAUAGAUUGGAGCAUGAUAGGCUAAGUGAUAUUGUGUAUGUUACAUAUAAUUUGCGUCUUAAAUCCAGGAAUGAAAGAAAAAAAAGAAAGCAAAAGUCGCAAUAUGAUCCAAUCGAUAUUGAAACUAUUGAUAAGGUUGAUUUUUGGGUGACGGAAGAGGUUGUUGAAAAAGAGCCUGAUCUUCCAAGUAAUAUUGAAGACUUGCUUCAUGAGAUUGAUGCUGAUUUAGAUCAAGGUGGUGGUGGUGGUAGUACUAGUACAUUUUAUGAUGCACCACUUGCUUUUUCUGGUCCAAGUAGUGGAAAUGAAGGUGAUGAAAUCAAUGACGCAAAUCUGCAACAAAUUAUGGAGGAUUUUGAUGGUUGA